UUAAGUUGUUAUCAGGAUAGCUAGCUAACUAGUCACUGAUAGCCAUAUAGAUGUGCUCAUCUACAUUCUCCAUGUUUCCUAGCUACCGCUGUCCUCUCCUUCUCCAAAAUCUCCGCAACUCCUUCAAUCAUAUGGAUCCCUAGCUAUAGGAGAGCUCUCACUUGAUCCACGAUCUUGAUUCGGCGUGCCUGUCAGCUAGCAAUGGAGCAAAUAGCCAAGUACAAGGGCAUCCUAUCUUGGGACGCAGCGGCGGCGUACGACGUCAGCUCGCCAUCGUCCUCGUCGUGGGAGGAGCAGGCCUUCGCACGCGAUGCGGCGGCCAACCUGCUUGUGUGGCCGCCGCGCUCCUACUCCUGCACCUUCUGCCGCCGGGAGUUCCGGUCGGCGCAGGCGCUCGGCGGCCACAUGAACAUACACCGCCGCGACAGGGCACGUCUCCGCCACCAAGACAACGAGGUCCAAGAAAAAUCUAACGAAGAAGACUUUUUCAUGUACAAGCAGCCGGCACCAGUGUCAAACCCUAGCACCACCACUCCUUCCUACCGAUCAACGACCAUUCAGGAGGAGGAGAGGAAGAGGCACAAGGUUCUCAUCUCCAUGCCAACGAGAGGUCAAGAAGCUAUACAUCAUCACGAUCAAGAUCAGGAUGACGAGACGGGGAGGAGUAAGAGGAGGCGUGUCGAUCAGCCGCCUUCGGCGGCGCUUCCCAUCCUUAUGAGAUCAAUGGCGACAGCGCUGGUCGUGGCACCACAUGAAGGAUUUGCUCUUGAUCAUUCAAAGGUACUUACCAAAACAAUCGCAACCCCUACUAGCUGUAGUUCUGAUCCUCCCCCUGAGGUCCAACGAGAAGUAGAUGAGUUCAUCAAGAAACAACAACUAGUAGAUCUAGAGCUUAGGCUUGGACCAACCCAAAAGUUGCAUAACAUGCAACCCAAUUGAUUUCUCAAGGAAAACAAAUAGAAGAUAAAUUAAUUCCCUUCCGCUUGAUUCAGGCUAGCUUGCUUCUCCUCCUUAAUUUGUUUUCUUUCUCCUUUUUGUUUUCUUUCUCUUGGAUCCAUUCGUUUUGGCCAGUGGCUUGUUUACAUAUCAAGUACUCUUACACGUACCUAUGAUAGUAUGAUGUACAUAUGUAUCACUUUGUUAUCAGUUGCUGCAAACUUGCAAUACAUAAAGAAGCUACA